GCACAAACAAACGCGACCGAGGCACGGCCCACACCACAUCAAGUUCUCCUCCGGCGCCGAUGGCCCCGCCGCCGGCCACCACCACCACGGGCUCAUUCCCGACCAAGGCCCUUCACGCACGCCUCCUCCGCAAUGGCGCCCUUAACGCCGACCCCUCCGCCGCCGCUCCCCUCGCCGCAUCAGCCGCCAACUCUUCCCUCCCCUACGCCCUCUCCCUCCUCCAAGCCCACCCCACCACCUUCUCCUACAACACCACCAUCCGCUCCCUCGCCCACGGUCCCAGCCCCCACCUCGCCGUCGCGCUCUACCGCUCCAUGCUUCUCAACCCCCUAUCCAACCCCAACAACUACACCUACCCGCCGCUCCUCGCCGCCUGCGCCCGCCUCCUCGUCGCCCGUUCACCAAAACCAGCAGCACCGGGCACCGCCGUCCACGCCUCCCUCUUCCGCCGCGGUCUCGAUUCCGGCGACCGCUUCAUCAGCGCCUCGCUGCUCUCCUUCUAUGCCGCCGCUGGGGACUUACCCGCCGCACGCCAAGUGUUCGACCGAAGUCCCUCCAACCAAAGGGACCUACCCCUCUGGAACUCACUCCUCCACGCCUACCUAUCCCAAGGCCUCUACACCCAGGUGCUGCACCUCUCCCGCCAGAUGCCCGCUGCCGACGAGGUCACGCUGCUCGCUCUCGUCUCUGCCUGCGCGCAUCUCGGUGCACUCGACACCGGCCGCUGGGCACAUGCUUACUAUGCAAGGACCCGCCGGAAUACCACCACGAGAAAUCUAGGCACCGCUCUGCUCAACAUGUACAUGAGGUGCGGGGACGUCGAAAGCGCGUGGUCUGUGUUCCGCGAGACGCUCGACAAGGAUGUCCGGACGUGGAGCGUCAUGAUAGCUGGACUGGCUGUCAACGGGCUCCCGAGGGACGCCUUGGACUUGUUCACUGAGAUGAAGAGCAUCGGGCUGGACCCAGAUUCCAUCACCAUGACUGCCGUGCUGAGUGCGUGUGCCCAUGCUGGUAUGGUGGAUGAGGGCAAGAGGUUCUUGGCCUGCAUGCCCGUCGAAUAUCGUCUACAGCCCACCAUAGAACAUUAUGGUUGCGUCGUUGAUCUGCUUGGGCGAGCGGGCAAGUUGGAGGAGGCGUUGGCUCUCAUUGAGACUGUCCCUUUCGAGGCCGAUGUUGUGCUAUGGGGUGCUCUCUUAGUCGCUUGUAGGGUCCACAAGAAUGUUGACAUUGGGCAGAUGGCCGCCAGGGAGAUGCUCAAGUUGGAUCCUCGUCAUGCUGGGGCCUGUGUCUUCUUAUCGAAUGUCUAUGCUGCUGAUGGGAAAUGGGACCUUGUACAGGAGGUCAGGAACUCGAUGAAACAACAUAGGAUAUUCAAGCCUCCAGGAUCAAGCAUUGUUGAACUAGAUGGCGUGGUUUACGAGUUCUUUUCUGGUGACCAUUCACACCCUCAGUCUGAUCGGAUAUAUGCAAUGCUUGAUGAGGUCUGCAAGACCUUAAGCCUCAAGGGGCACAAGCCUUCAACCAAACAAGUUACCUUUGACAUUGAUGAGGAGGACAAAGAAGUUUGCCUCUCGCAACACAGCGAGAAACUGGCACUUGCCUUGGGACUCAUCUCUACCAAGAGAGGAGCUGUGAUCCGUAUAGUCAAGAACCUGAGAAUCUGUGAGGAUUGCCACUCUGUCAUGAAGAUAGUCUCGGAGGUCUACGAUCGAGUCAUAGUUGUUAGAGAUCGAAACCGCUUCCACCACUUUAAGAACGGCUCCUGUUCCUGUUUGGACUAUUGGUAGGACAAAAGCAGGAGUGGUACGGUUUUGUAGGAAAAAUGUCACAUGAUCAUGUACUUCAAAACGGGUCUUUCAGCCGGCCGUACACUAGUCGCUGAUUGACAUGAUUAUUAUAUGACAGUGUGGAGUAUUGAGUAUUGACCAAGAAGCUGGCUAAGAUUGUGGUCUGACUGGCAUGAACUGUUCAUCGAAUGUACGUCCUCAUCUCAGCACAUACCCCUUCUCGAUUGUACUUGAGCUGGGACAAGAUUCUUAUAUUGAACAAGAUUUUCUAUAUUGUUUGGUGCUAUCGGUAAGAACAGAUUCCUCACAUGAGUAUGUAUAUAUCACUCUUUUCCUCA